AUGGCUGCAGAGAACCCAACGGCCGUCGUCGAGUGCCAGAUCCCGAGCGGCCCAGCCCCGCCCUCAGCAACGGCAAGGCUGAUCGACUUCAAGGAGACAAACCUGGGGCUAUACGAGGACUUCUUCGCCAUGGUGAUCGACGACCUGUUCACCCCCAGCGAAUGCGCAGCCCUGCUCUCCGUCGUCCAGCCCGCCGGCAACAGCAAGCCACAGUGGCCGCCCGCCACGGUCACGGCGCACAACGGGACCCGGUUCGUGGAUCUGGCGUCGCGGGACUGCGGCCGCAUCAUCCACGAGUCCCAAACCCUGGCCGACGCGCUGCUGGGCCGCAUCCUGCCUCACAUGCCACCCGCGGUCGCGAGCCUGACCAACGCGCCUGGCAUCACUGGCCAGGCGGCUGUGGUCAACAUGGAGACCUGGAAGAUCGCCCGCCUGGACAGUGCAUUGCGCUUCCUCAGGUACGAGCCGGGGCAGUACUUCAGCCCGCACUGCGACGGGCACUACGUCGGCAAGGGCGGCAGGGCGGAGAAGAGCUUCUUGACGGUGCAUCUGUAUCUCAAUGGCGGGGGCCAGGGCGGCGGGGAGGAGAUCGAGGGAGGAGCUACGAGGUUUGGUAUUGACUUUGAGAAUCCAAAGGAAGACAAGCUAGACAUAGACCCGAAGCAAGGGAGCGUGUUGAUAUUCCAACAGAGGGACAUGUAUCAUGAGGGAGUAGAAGUACGGAAGGGGACCAAAUACACACUCAGGACAGAUGUCAUAUACGAGAAGGUGUAA